AUGGCAGAUUCCCAGCGAGAAGAGAGAAGGAGCUACAGGCGCCGUGAUAGUGACAACGAAUGGGCAAACGAGCAUGCCGCACCGUCGAGUCGUAGGGAAAGGAUUGCACAGGACUCGGAGCUAUCAAUUCCUGGAGUACGAAGGAUCAGAGUCGAAAGACAAGAUGGGCGCGACACUGAAAGACGUAGGAGCGCAUCAUCUAGGAAAAUAGCCUCUGAGUCGUAUGCGACGCAACCCAGCGAAGAAAGUUUAUCGAGCCACAGGAGGAGACGGCACCAUCACAGAAGUCCAGACGAUGAAUCCCCUGGCAAACGAGCGUCGAUUUCGAGAGACGAGUCUCCUUCAAGAUAUCUUCAUGGCACGCCGUCAAGGACAUCGAGACGCUCCCCCGUCGCAGAAAGUGGGACGAGAAGGCUGGAGUCAGAUGAAGAAUCGAGUGACUCGGAGGAGGAAGUUAGCAGACGGUCUGGGACGAGCCACAAAAGUCCUCGCAAGCGCAAGGUGAAGGUCGUAUAUAUCACAGAGGAAGACUAUCAUUCCUCCAAGCAGAAAGAAAGGGGGCAGAGGACAGACAGAAAGCGUGUCGAGAGUGCGAAAGAAGACGACAGUGUACGAAGGUCCAGGACGCAUCGUUCUCGGAAAUCUGUCGCCGAACCAACAGUUGCACCACCCUCUAAUAGGUCUUCAUCAAUAAGAGAAGUUCCAAAUCGCGCCCCUAGCUUGCGGAGGGGGCAUUCUACGAGUUCCCAUAUAAAGUCAACAAAACAGCACGCUCCAUCGCUUACCACGACGGCUUCCAAUGCAACCGGGAAGAGGGCAUCAUCACACUUCAUAAACAACUUUUUCGGGCCUCCUGUCCAUCAUACCCAGGAACCCGAGAGACUGGUUGAAUGCUUGACCUGUCUGUCUGAUGACAUUCCAAGAUCCAAGUCUGCUAAGCUGAAAUGUGGCCAUCGCAUGUGCCACGAUUGCUUGCGUCGCAUUUUUAAACUCUCUGUUACCGACCCACAGCAUAUGCCUCCAAAAUGCUGUACCACUGACCACAUACCCCUCAAACAUGUCGAGAGACUUUUUGAUCUCAAUUUCAAGAAAAAGUGGAAUCGCAAGUUUCAAGAGUAUUCUACAAAGAAUCGUAUAUAUUGCCCAGCACGACGGUGUGGCGAAUGGAUCAAGCCAGGAAAUAUUCAUUCAGAGGAUGGAAAAAAGUAUGGUAAGUGUGGUCGAUGCAAAACCAAAGUCUGUUGUUUGUGCAACGGUAAAUGGCAUGGCUCUCGUGACUGUCCAAAGGAUGAAGAAACCAACAAACUUCUGGCAGCAGCAAAAGAAGCUGGCUGGCAACGAUGCUAUAGCUGUAGGACGAUGGUGGAGCUGAAGGAGGGCUGCAAUCAUAUGACAUGUCACUGUACGGCCGAGUUCUGUAUGAUAUGUGGACUGAAAUGGAAGUCUUGUAAUUGCCCCUGGUUUAAUUACGAUGCCGUUGAAGCAGAUCGCCUCAAUCACAUGCAGAUACCGCAACCAGUUCCGCCACAAGAUGACCCAGUACCACGACCUCCUCGGGAUCGUCAACGCAGACCUCGACCAAAUACUUAUGUAGAAGAAAUAGACGAAAGACGCCGACAAGAGAGGGAAGAUGAAGGACUGGCUCGCCGUUUACAGAACUUUGACAUGAGUGAUGACUAUCAAGGUGGAAUCGGGGAUAUCCACGGAGUUGGAAAUGGUGCCGGACAUUUCAUGAAUCAGGAUUAUAUAAGAGCAGCUCAUAAUAUUCUGACCGGUACCUUUGACCACGCAACCGCGGCAGCCAACUAUGUAAUGGGAGUACGACAGGCACGUGGAGGCCCCCCACCACCGCCUAGAAGAAUGUCAGAACGCUACCCUGUAGCAGCUCCCGCUCCUCCUCCACCUCCGCCUAUGCUGAGAAGGCAUACGAUGAUGGAGGAAGUCUACAAUAAUGCUCCAAGCACGCGGCCGUCAGAAAGAGUUGUACCCCGAAGGACUCGGACGGAUUACGAGAGUGAGGUGGCUGUCCACACGCCUUACUCAAGACGACUUGAUAGGGAAGUAUCUACGCGAGAAGGUCCAAACCGAAUUAUCCCCCUAAGGGCUGUUGAAAGGACAGCUUCAACGAGGAGUUCAGAUCGGGAAGCGUCCACAAAAAGGUCUGUCUUAGCAGGUCUAGGUACACGCCGUGGCGGCGAUCGAGUCGGCGCCUGGAGAAGUUUUGUUGAGCCGGGUGUGGAACCCGAAGAAGGAGUGCUAUCAUUUGUUUGA